AUGUCGACUGAACCGCUGUACAGUUUCUGGGGCACGUACAGCCUGGUUGACAAGGAUCUGUGGCAUUUGGCGUGGGUCUUCACACGCACACCGUUUGCGUACAACCCCAUUGCGAGUGUGUGCGGGAGCUUCAACUCGGACGGCCGGUGGCAUAUGACCUCACAGCUGAAGUACGACAGCGAUGGGGUGGGUGCGUUCUUGGUACAUCAGGUGUGGCGGGAUCACACACACAGCGCACUGUAUGCAAGUGCUAGUAGACGCCAGCGCAGGGGUGAGAGAGGGACUGAGGCGAAGAAGAAGAAGAAGAAGAACAGAGAAGACACACAGACGCUGGAGAACGAUGGGCAGGGGCAUGCAGAGAAUGGGGAUGUAGAUGGCUGGAAGGAGGAGAGUGCUGCUGAUGGGGGUGGGUAUAACGGAGAUGAGGAUGCUAUUGCCAGAAACGUUGACGUUGAUGGUAGUAUAGAAGACAGGGGUGCCGCUGGGGUGGAUGUGGGGUCUGGGGUAGGUAUAAGGGUGGAUACAGACCCCUUGCAAUACCCCCUUGAGGACCCCCUAGACGACCCUGUAGCCAAUGUAUUGGGAUCCGGAACAGACGGUACUAUAGAUCACAUAGAGGGGAAUGCUGAUAGUAUUGAUACAAAGAAGAGUUUAGUAUCGGAUUUCGAACAGAUGUACAAUGCACCGACUGUGACUAUACGGUACGACUUGCGCGAGCGACAACGGGCGGGGAAGCCUGUGGACUAUAAAGUAAAUGAUAAGAGGUUUUACAAUGAGUUCAAUGCGAACAGACUGGCGGGUUUGAAGGAGGAUAGGAAUGGAGAUGAGGCUGUAUUUGCGGAGAACGAGAUAUCUAUCACGGCUGUGGAGGUGGUGCAAGCCAUCGAACACGCCUAUAGAUGUUGGUGGUUGGGAAGUGAGGAUAUCGAUAUGGGAGACAAUGGUGAGAUAGAAGGCUCUUCAAAUAAGCAAGGCGGUAGGAGCGAUACUAUGAGCGAGUUCUGA